UCCCCCCCCUCCCUCCCUCCAUUUCAACCUUUCGCCUCGCCACUAAACUCCAUCUCUCCAGCCGACCAGUCAUCACCUGCCUCCCGUCUGACCAAACACAGCGAGGAUACCCUGUCCUACAACCAUCAGCCAUAACAACCAUCAUGUCUGUGCUGAAUCAGUUGAUGACCCCCACGGCGGGCGCGUCGGCGGAGCCCCCCAGGAACAAGGUCACGGUGGUGGGGGUGGGCCAGGUGGGCAUGGCCUGCGCCAUCAGCAUCCUGCUCAGGGACCUGGCUGACGAGCUGGCCCUGGUGGAUGUGAUGGAGGACCGCCUGAAGGGAGAGAUGAUGGAUCUCCAGCACGGCAGCCUCUUCCUCAAGACCUCCAAGAUCGUCGCUGACAAAGACUACGCGGUGACGGCUAACUCCCGCCUGGUGGUGGUGACGGCGGGCGUGCGACAGCAGGAGGGCGAGAGCCGUCUGAACCUGGUCCAGAGGAACGUCAACGUCUUCAAGAUGAUCAUCCCCCAGAUCAUGAAGCACAGCCCCAACUGCACCCUCAUCGUGGUCUCCAACCCCGUUGACGUGCUGACCUACGUGACCUGGAAGCUGAGCGGUCUCCCAAAGCACCGCGUCAUCGGCAGCGGCACCAACCUGGACUCGGCGCGCUUCCGCUUCCUGAUGGCCGAGCGGCUCGGGAUCCACGCCACCGCCUUCAACGGCUGGGUGCUGGGGGAGCACGGGGACACCAGCGUGCCCGUGUGGAGCGGGGCCAACGUUGCGGGGGUGAACCUGCAGAAGCUGAACCCGGACAUGGGGACGGACGUAGACAAGGAGGGGUGGAAGGCCACGCACAAGGCCGUGGUGGACAGUGCCUACGAGGUGAUCCGUCUGAAGGGAUACACCAACUGGGCCAUCGGCCUGAGCGUCGCGGACCUCACCGAGAGCAUCGUCAAGAACAUGGGCCGCAUCCACCCCGUCUCCACCAUGGUCAAGGACAUGUACGGCAUCAGCGAGGAGGUGUUCCUGUCGCUGCCCUGCGUGCUGAACGGCGGCGGCGUCGGCAGCGUGGUCAACAUGACCCUCAACGAGGACGAGGUCGCCCAGCUCAAGAAGAGCGCCGACACUCUGUGGGGCAUCCAGAAGGACCUCAAGGACCUCUAGGCACCUUCCUCCCCUUCUCCUCCUCCUCCUCCUCCUCCCCCUCCUCCUCUCCCCCAUCUCCCCCCCCCCCCCAGCCACAGCCCUGCCCACCAGGCCCCGCCCUCAUCCACACACACAGAUGCAAUACAGUUACCUUCAGGUGUCCCCGAACAACGCUCUCCGCCCAGCCGUGGCAGGUCUAGUGUUCUAUGCCUCCUAGUGUUCUAUUGGUGUGCUCACAGUUCCCUCGUCGUCUCGUCGGAUUGGACCACACCUUCCGAAUCGGAAGUGGACCCGUCCACGUCACACAAACACACACACACACACACGUACGUACGUAGUGAUACUUUCUGUUGUGUUGUUUCCACCAGCACUGUCCCACUGUUGUUACCAGCAGAGGUGUGUUUGAAUCCCUGCUAGGAAUUGGCUAUUUGACCCCUGAUUGAAGCGAUGACUUUGUUUUAGCACUUUUAAUAGAUAACCUUGAGGUCACAGGUAACCAUCACCUGGUUAGUUGGUUGGGCACAUAGUGGACUCCCAUCACCUGGUUAAUCUCCCUGUACGGGACCAGUUUAGUAGACAGUAACCAGCUGUAUUGAGAUAGUCCCUAAAUGAUAGAGUCUAGUUCCAGUGUCUAACCACCAUGGAACCAUAUGACUCUAUGAGCAGGAUGAUCUGUUUAGCCAACAGAGAAAAUAAUGGUAGAAAAAAAUAAAGCAAGCAAGCAAAAUUAUUCCAAAGUCCAAAUGUGUUAUUUUGUUGUAUUUGGAGUACAAUAACACACCUUUGUUGUAAAUGUUGUAAGUGGUGAUACGUGGGUUAAUAAAUUACAAUCCUUAAUGUG